AUUGCAAGCUUCGUGAAAUAACAAAACCCAUUUCAGACGGCCAUGUCGGCCAACGUUUCGCCGCCGCGUCCGAGUGCGCCUCCCCGCGGGGAACCCGACCAGCAGCGGGUCAAGUUUCUCGUCAACAGCGAGCUCCUGUCGGACGUUUCGUUCCUGGUGGGCGCCAAGGGAACGCUCAUCCACGGGCACCGCUUCCCGCUGGCCGCCGGAAGUGACGUAUUCUACCGGAUGUUUACCGCCGAAAAGGGCCCUCCGACGACGGGUGGCCCCAUCGUGGUCAGCGACGUCGAGCCGGACACGUUCCUGGAGAUGCUCAAGUACGUGUACUACGACAAUCCCACGAUUAGCGAGGACAACCUGGUGGAUUUGUACUACGCUGCGGCCAAGUACAACCUAAUGGGGCUGAAGGACCGGUGCCGGAAGUUUGUGGCCACCGAGGAAGGUUCCGUCAUGAAGAUCUACCAGGCGAACGUAAAGCAUGGCUUCGAGGAGCUCAACGAUGCCUGCUUGCGGACCAUUUCGCGUAAUCCGUUGGUCAUGUUCCGGAGUUCGGACUUCCUUGAACUCCCCCUAGACCUGGUGGAGCGAAUUUCCGCCGGAAGUAAGCUUCGCUGCAACGACGACCAGCUGAUGGACGCCCUCCGAAGGUGGUGCAAACACCAGCCAGAACACCAAACCGAACACUUCAAGAAGCUCUCCGAUCAGGUCAAACGCCAGCGCGAGCAAACCCGCGACUACCGGUGCCGGAAGUGGCUGUUCUUCGGACCAAUCUGCUACACCAUCGACCCCUGCAAGGGAACCUUCCACGUGACGGCCCAGCGAGAAGUGCUACACCUGUACGGCGUCGGGAUGUACGUUGGAUGUCACGAAAACGACCAGCCGAUGUCACUGUCGGUGGUGGUCAUGGACGGCGAGAAGAUGAUCCGCCGUAGUCAGGCGAACGUCCCACCGCGGGACGAUAUCUACGUGUACGAUUGCAUGUUUGAGCGCGUUUCGUUGCGCGCUGGGACGAGGGUCACCGUCGUGUGCGAUGGUCCGCGGAGGCAGGGCGAGACGCCGUUGAAGAAGUUUACCUUCUGGAAUCGGGGGUUCACCUGGACGGGGGACUCGACGGUGCUGAAGAUCGAGGACGAGCGGAACUACGAGCACACUGCCAUUGCGUAUCUACUGUAUCAAGUGAAGGAAUAA